AUCAAUCUUCAUCAGGCUACAUUUCCAAUCACCUAAACAACCGAGCAAGACAAGCCACUCCGACAAGGUUGGCUGCCCGGCUAAUCUCUGUGAGGGCGCAAGGUAGAUGGUGAGCGGCCCCGACAGCUGAGGGCAGGCCAGGCCCCCAGAAGCAACAGCUUGAAGGACUCUGAGGUUGGAGCCCUCCCUGUUCUGCUCCUGGCCCCAGGCCCCCUGGAUCCAUUGGGGCGCCUCCACCCGGCUGUUAGCAUGAUGUCUUACCUCAAACAACCCCCAUAUGGCAUGAAUGGGCUGGGCCUGGCUGGGCCCGCCAUGGACCUCCUGCACCCCUCUGUGGGCUAUCCUGGUGAGCACUCGCAUUUUGUCUAGGCCGGGUUCUGAGACUGCUGGAGGUGGGGGCUGCCCAAGGCCUCUAGUACAAGGUGGCUUAACCUUCAUUGACCCGAAGCGCCUCCCCCCAUGUCCCUGCAGCCACCCCGCGGAAGCAGCGGAGAGAACGUACCACCUUCACUCGCUCACAGUUGGACGUGCUUGAAGCGCUCUUCGCCAAGACUCGCUACCCUGACAUCUUCAUGCGCGAGGAGGUGGCGCUGAAAAUCAACCUGCCAGAGUCCAGAGUCCAGGUCUGGUUCAAGAACCGCCGCGCCAAGUGCCGGCAACAGCAGCAGAGCGGGAGCGGAACUAAGAGCCGCCCCGUCAAGAAGAAGUCAUCUCCAGUGCGGGAGAGCUCGGGCUCCGAAAGCAGCGGCCAGUUCACGCCGCCUGCUGUGUCUAGCUCUGCCUCGUCUUCUAGCUCUGCCUCCAGCGCUCCUGCCAUCCCGGCAGCGGCUGCGGGCCUAGGCGGAAACCCGGCAGUGGCCGCCGCGCCGUCGCUGAGUACUCCCGCGGCCUCAUCCAUCUGGAGCCCGGCCUCCAUCUCACCCGGCUCAGCGCCGACAUCUGUGUCCUUGCCCGAGCCGCUGGCUGCGCCAAGCAAUGCCUCGUGUAUGCAGCGCUCGGUAGCUGCAGGGGCCGCCACCGCGGCCGCCUCCUAUCCCAUGUCCUACGGCCAGGGUGGCAGCUAUGGCCAGGGCUACCCCGCGCCCUCCUCUUCCUACUUUGGCGGUGUGGACUGCAGUUCAUACCUAGCACCCAUGCACUCGCAUCACCACCCGCACCAGCUCAGCCCCAUGGCACCCUCCUCCAUGGCAGGCCACCAUCAUCACCACCCGCACGCACAUCAUCCGUUGAGCCAAUCCUCAGGCCACCAUCACCACCAUCACCACCACCACCACCACCAAGGCUACGGGGGCUCAGGGCUUGCGUUCAACUCUGCUGACUGCUUGGAUUACAAGGAGCCUGGCGCUGCUGCUGCUUCUUCCGCCUGGAAACUCAACUUCAAUUCGCCUGAUUGUCUGGACUAUAAGGACCAAGCUUCUUGGCGGUUCCAGGUCUUGUGAGCCCAGGAGAGAGGGGAAAAGAAAAAGCAAAAACAAAAAAACACAACUACCUGCGCCCUUGGUGGUCCCCAUCCUGUUGUUGCUGCUGCACCGCCAGCCUUUGCCUCGGCUUCUCCAAAACUGAAUUUUCACACCCCCAAAAGAUGCCCAUUGCCUGCACUGCCGCCUCCCCCCUUGUGCCACUUGUUGGGGGGAAUAUGUAAACCCGACUACCGGGUGAACAGGGGACCCAUGCUUCGGCUUUUCCCACAGGUUCU